AAUUAACCCAGAAAAACUGUCGCUCCUCUCAAGUCUCAACUGCCAGUCUCUGAGACUGAUUGGUGAGUUCCCCUUGCUACUCACCCUUCUCGGUUCCUCUCCAUGGAGUUAUCUCCUUGCAGAAUUGAAGAAUGGCGGAGGCAGCUUAUCAGAGUUCGACAUCUCCUCCGUCGUCUUCAGUUGCUGCAACGUCUUCUUCGAAUGCUCCUCCCUCUUCGCAGGUUCGGGAAGAAGAGGAUGGCCAGAAUCACGAUAGUGAUCAACAAAAUCAAUUUCGAGAACCAGAGAUGGAGCAGCAACAACAUAUCGGCGGUAUCCAUAGAGGGAGUUUUUGGACAUUUGAUGACAGGUCGAAUGUGAUUAUGGACGAUACUUGGUCUUGCAUUGCUGUGGUUCUUACCUUCUGGUUCUUCGUGUCAAUGACUGUGAUUUUGGGGGUUUAUGGUUCUAUGAGCUUGCGGUUUGGUCCAAAUUCUUCAAUUCUUAUCAGACCUAGCCCCAUAUUUGUGCAGUCAAUAAAGGUCGAAGAGUUGGGUGAGACAAAGCCUGGGUUAAUAUUGUAUGGACUGUAUAGAUCUCCACCUCUUGAUGUUGUAUCCAUGUGGUCGGAAACUACAAAUGCCUCUGUUCCCGCAGAUUCUCAUAAGGAGUUAAUAUAUUUUCUGAAUGAAGGGUCUCAAAUAAAUAUUUCAUACUCUGUCAAAUCUGAUAGCUCCUUUAUUUACCUCAUUAUUGCCCAAGGGAACGAAGGCCUUGCUCAGUGGCUUGAGGACCCAACAUAUCCCAACAGCACUUUAUCAUGGAAUGUCAUUCAUGGAAGUGGUAUCAUCAAGCAGAACAUUUGGAGAUCUUCAAGUUACUAUGUAGCAUUAGGUAACCUGAACUCAGAGGUGGUGGAGGUGCAGAUGAACCUCAGUGUUCUGGCUCUCUUGUACAACACGAGUGAAGCUUAUUCUAAGUGUAUGUUCCGACACGGAGUAUGUAGCUUAAGUGUUUUAUUUUCCCAAGGAAAUGCUAUUGUCUUAAACUCCCCUGGUGGGGGAAAGGGUUCAACUAGUGAUGAGUGGAAUGUCAAGGUCUCUUAUGGUCCAAGGUGGUUCUCAUAUAUUAUUGGCACAGGUGGACUAACUGUGCUCAUGUUGGUGGCCUUCAACUGCUUGAACAAGUUUGAAUGUACCCGUGGAGAUGGAGAUGGAGAUGGAGAUAGAUAUCAUUUAACUGGAUCUGAAAGAGCCCCUUUGCUUUCUCAUAAAGAUGAUGAUCUCUCAAGUUGGGGAUCAUUCUAUGAUUCGGGUUCAAAUGAUGAAGAGGAUCUUGGAGACUUUCUUGCACAAGGUACUCUUGAAGGCGAAUCAUCAAGAGAUGGUGAAAAUGGAAAUAAUACUCGGCGUCUUUGUGCAAUUUGCUUUGAUGCUCCAAGAGAUUGCUUCUUCCUUCCAUGUGGGCACUGUGUGGCUUGCUUUGCAUGUGGAGCAAGGAUAGCAGAAGCUGCUGGAACUUGUCCCAUUUGUCGCAGGAACAUUAAGAAAGUGAGGAAGAUUUUCACAGUUUAAUCAACUCCCAGGUAUUUGUUACAAUUAUUCAGACCUGGUUCAGUGAGUUGCGAUUUUGAAGUCUCUAUGCUGUUUUCUUCAUACCUGGUUAGCAUUGAUGGGAGGAACAGAUUGGCUAUAUUUGAAUCAAGAAUCUUCUAAAGUGGAAUUAGCUGCCCUUGUUUUUUUUUCCUUUUCCAGGAGGCAUUCCACGAUUCUAUGUAUUUUACAGACUACAUGCUUAUAGGUCCCAUUAAAGGGAAACUACCUGAAGAGAUGUUGUCAAUUUGUCUUUGUUAACCCUCCUAGAAUCAGCUUCCGGGGCCGCUAAGUACUGCUGAUGUACCCCACACCCAAAUAACUUUUUGGACUUCUUGGAUGAUGGCUCGGAGAUAGAGUUAGCAUUCUUUUUUCCUACAUGUUCUUGUUUUUUUUUUUUCACUGAUUUUCUCUGGAAGUGAAAGUAUAAGCAAGUAGUGUUAAGCAAUGCCCUGCUCUAAGUUGAAUGUUAUUCACUUUUGUUUAGAUGUUAUCAUAAUCAAUCGAGUAUUUAUCCUAAAAGUUUGGGGUGAACUA